AUGGCUAUCCGUGAAAACCAUUCCAUGUUGGUUUCGAAAAUCGCCAUAAUAGGAGCUGGAGUAAGCGGCAUAGCAGCUGCAAAACAGCUAUCACACCAUAACCCUAUUGUUUUUGAGGCCUCUGACUCCAUUGGUGGGGUUUGGAGGCAUUGUACUUUCAAUUCUACAAAGCUUCAAUCUCACCGUAGAGAUUAUGAAUUCUCUGAUUUCCCUUGGUUCGAUAGAGACAACUCUGAUUUUCCCACUCACAUGGACAUAUUAGAUUACUUGCACUCCUAUGCUGAACACUUUGAUGUGCUCAAGAACAUCCGGUUCAACUCUAAGGUGGUGGAAAUCCGGUUCACCGGGAACCGGGAAGGCUCCAACUUUGGAGGGCUAACUCAUGAUCGUGACUAUGGAAGCCUACUUUCUGGUCAACCUGUUUGGGAAGUUGCUGUGCAGACAAAUCAAUCAGACACCAUUCAGUGGUACAGCUUCGAGUUUGUUGUGGUUUGCGUUGGGAAAUUUGGGGACAUACCCAACAUUCCAGCGUUUCCACGCAAAAAAGGACCAGAGAUAUUCAAGGGCAAGGUCCUGCAUUCGCUUGAUUACUGUAAACUUGACCAGGAAGCUGCCACUGAACUUCUCAAAGGGAAAAAGGUAGUGGUGGUCGGUUUCAAAAAGUCAGGUAUUGAUUUAGCCAUGGAGUGUGCACAGGCAAACCAAGGACCUGAAGGACGACCGUGCACCAUGGUGAUAAGGACUUUGCAUUGGAUAGUUCCCCAUUACUGGAUUUGGGGAUUGCCAUUUUUCUUGUUCUACUCAACAAGAUCUUCUCAGUUCCUCCACGAAAGGCCAAACCAGGGCUUGCUUAGAACCCUUAUCUGCCUCAUGCUAUCUCCAAUGAGGCGUGGAAUUUCAAAGUUCAUUGAUUCCUACCUGCUCUGGAAACUUCCCUUGGACAAGUAUGGGUUAAAGCCAGAACACUCAUUUGAGGAAGAUUAUGCAUCUUGUCAAAUGGCCAUCAUGCCAGAAAAUUUCUUCUCUGAGGUUGAAAAAGGAAAAAUUGUCUUUAAAAAAGCAUCAAAUUGGUGGUUCUGGAAUGAAGGAAUUGAAUUUGAAGACAACUCUAAGCUGGAGGCCGAUGUAGUGGUUCUUGCAACUGGUUUUGAUGGAAAGAAAAAGCUCAAAACCAUUUUACCAGAACCUUUUUGUAGCCUGUUGGAGUACCCUUCUGGUAUUAUGCCUUUAUACAGGGGAACUAUCCAUCCUUUGAUUCCAAACAUGGCUUUUGUGGGUUACGUUCAGAGUAAUGCAAAUCUUCACUCCUCAGAGCUGCGCUCCAUGUGGCUUUCUGCACUGGUAGAUGACAAAUUCAAGCUCCCAAGUGUUGAGAGCAUGCUUUCACAAACCCUUAAGGAGAUAGAAAUAAUGAAAAGGUCCAGUAGGUUCUAUAAGAGGCACUGCAUUUCAACUUAUAGCAUUAACCAUGGUGAUGAAAUAUGUAAAGAUAUGGGGUGGAGUUCCUGGAGGAAGAAGAGCUGGAUAUCAGAAGCAUUUGGCCCCUAUACUAGUGAAGACUAUGAGAAGCAAGAUUGA